AAUAUCAAGGUCAACUACUACCACAACAAAAGUCAAUCUAACCAAAAAAUUGUGAAAAUCGCCAUGUGGGUGCUAUAAAUAUACAAGUCAUAAGAAAUUUGCAACGGGUACAUUAGAAUUGUGUCAUGGACUACGUUGUAGGUAGUGUAGCGGCACUAAUAUCUGGCAACGUGACGCCCAAUCGUCCACGUUUGAUCAGACGAGCGCUGACUCCCACAAAACACCAACAAUCUCCAAACGUCACGCCGAAGAGCGAAGCGGUCGACGACCGGUCCAUAUUCCUCUCGCCGACGUUACAAAAAAAGAAGGCUAUAGUAAAAAAAUCGCCUAAGAGAAUAUUCCAAAACCCGGACUUGGAUGUAACCAAUGGAGAUUCAAGUCUUGUGAGUCCAAAAGCUGAUAAGGUUAAAAAACAUUUAAAUGAUGAAUUAGAAGCUGACGAUAUGGCAAAAAAGAGUCCAGUAACUAAUAAAUCACCUAAAAAUAAAAGAGAUCGUAAAUCAGAAUCGGAAGCUCCUGAGGUAAAAGUAAAAGAAGAUGUAACUCUAAAUUUGCAAGUUGAAAACGAAAGUACGCCAAAAAAGAAAAAGAAGAAGAGGGAAUCAGAGUCUACAACAGUUAUAAAUGAAACUCAAAAUAAUGAAUCCAGUGAAAACCACCAAGUCCCAGUGAAUAACACUACUAAAAGUCCUAAAAAAAUGAAACUAAGGCGUAAGUCUAUUUUAGAAGACCCUCCAACUAUGGAAAUAGAUAACCCAACCAAUAUAGAACCUAUAGUAUCCAAUGAGUCAGAUACUAAAACUAAAUCACCUAAAAAGAAAAAGAAAAAUAAACAAAUAGCAGCUGAGGCACAAGAAACUACUGAUAAUAAAGAGGAACAGGUAACUCCAAGUAAAAAGAAAAAUAGGAAACGGAAAAAAAAAUCAAAAGUGCAAAACCAACCUGAAGUAACCCAAGAUCAGGAAACAGAUAAAGAAAAUGAAAAUGGUGUUAAUAAUGAGGGAAAAAAGAAAAAGCGUAGGAAGAAGAAAUCAAAGGCACAAAACACAGCACCAAUAGAUAAUGAAGAAACUCAGGAAAAUACUGAACAAAUUGUAAAGAAUAAAAAAUCCAAGAAACCAGUUGUUAAUCCAAAUGCAAUUACAAAUCAAGAUUCAGAUUCAGAACAUGAAUCUGAUGAUGAAAUUGAAUGGGAGAAUGAGGAAAUCAAUAAGAAAGUUCUGGAUACUGGACCAGCAGAAUCUUCUUCUGAUGAGGAAGAUGAGGAAAAAGUAAAGCCAAAAGAAGCUGAGACAAAAGUUCAAAAGUCAAAAGAAGAAAAACCCAAUGAAAAUGAUGCUGAGGUACUGAGAAGAACACUGUUUGUAGGAAAUGUACCAUUUAGCAACAAAUGCAAGAAGGAAAUUAAAAAGAUAUUUAAUAAAUAUGGACAAAUAGAAACAAUUCGAAUCCGCACGGUACCAGUGAAAGAUGCCCGCACCACACCCAAGCUAGCUGUGAUAAAGAAGGAGCUUCACCCAGAGAGGUCCACUGUCAAUGUGUACAUUAAGUAUGCUGACCCAGACUCUGUGAAUAAGGCCCUUGCGGAAAACAACACAGUCCUCAAUGAGCACCACCUCCGAGUAUCAAGGAGCGACAGCACCGGCGCCGAGCAUGACCCCAAAUGUUCCGUGUUCGUAGGCAACCUCCCCUUCGCGCUGGAGGACGAAGCGUUGCGGACCAAGUUCGAGAAGUGCGGCGAGAUAGACUCCGUCAGGAUCAUUAGGGAUAAGAAAACUAAUGCUGGCAAAGGUUUCGGUUACGUGAACUUCAAAUCUAAAGAUGGCGUGGAACUCGCUCUGGCACUGACCGAAGAAGAUCUCACCAUCAAGAACAGGAUACUGAGAGUAAAGAGAUGCACGCUAACUGCACAGAAAGGAAAGCAUCAGCCACACCAAAAAAGAGAGUUCAAGAAGUUUGGGAGGGACCAGAGGGACAUGCCCGGGCAGGGGCCGAAGGAGGAUGGAGCGUUUAGGAGGAUAUUGAAUAAAAGAAAGAAUCAGGAUGGAGGGGGUGAUGGUCCACCCAAUAAGAGACAGAACUUGAGCCAGCCAAGUAGAGAGAAGAAGCCUAGAAAGGAAUUUGUAGGCAUGACGGCUGAGAAGAAAAAGAAACGCAAGUUCAACAAAGGCCAGAAGAAGAAGAAGGCUCUCAGCGAGAUUCUGACGAAAUAGUAAUUGUGAUAUGAUGGUGUGUUGUAAGUUAAUCGCUUUGAAUAAUAAAUAUUAUAUUACUCCAA